AUGUACCUUGAAAUUCCAAUUAGCAUAUUUAUUGUAAGAUUAUCAGGGCCAAACAAUAAAAUACUUCUAAUAUAGGAAUUUUAAGAAUGUACAUUGCAGUUCUCUUUAUAUAAAUUGAUUCAAUCUGACAUGCAAUUAUAGAAAGUGUAUAAUUUGAAAAGAAAAAAUUAGAUUAUUGUUUAAUCAGAAAUAUAACCUAAAUCGAAUAUUUUUCCAUUUAACAUUUAAAUCAAUAAAAAUAUUAUGAUGAUUGAUAUUAAUUUUAACAAUAAUCUUUUGAAUUAAUAUGUUUUUUUAUUUUAAUCUUUUUACUUAGGAUCUUAAGGAUGGAAUAACAAUUCAAAUAUAAUAUUUAAACUUUAUUAUUUGUUUUCCAUUUAUAUACUUACCUUCUCUAAUAAUACACUUACAAGAUUAAUUAAAUUUAUUGAAAUGAUAUCUUUUUUGGUUUACUUUUUAUAUUUUGUCAGAGUAAAAAAGAUAUUAAAUUAUUAUUUAAUCUAAAUUUUUUUAAAUUAAUAUCAAGAUCCUAUAAAAAUAAAAUUUCAUACCAGAGUUGUUCAAUUUUUUUAUGCUUAGUAUAUAUAUAUGUAAUAUUAGAUAAGAAUUUUAUAAAGCUUCCAAUAGAUAAGAAAAUAGACAGUUGAAAUGGAAAGGAACUUUUGAUCAUACGCAAUGUGAAUAGAAAAUGUUGUGUUUAAAAAUAGAAAUAAUUUAUAUAUAAAUUUGUAAUCCAUUAAUAUAAUAAAUAAUGGGAAGUUGUGUGGGGUAAAUAAUAUUUAAAGGCAAUAAUCAAAUUAAGUAAAUCAGUAGAUUCCCGAGACUAUUCUGUCUUCAGAAAUGCAUGAGAGAAUAGUACCGAUAGUGUAAAGUGUAAAGGAAGCUAAUAAAAUUAAAUAGAGAAGUAGAAAAUGGAUUUGAAUAAUAAUUUAUACCAAAAAAAAUUAAUAAAAAAUAGUAAUGA